AUGAGUUUGAUCCCUUCCAACGUACAAGACAAGAUCAUCGAGGCCAUGAACGUCUGGAAAGUUCCGGCCUGUGUCAUCGUGGCAUUCCGAGAAGGGUCGGAUACCGAUCAACCCGAGAAGGUAGUGCUCUGUUAUGGAAAAGAUAAGGCUGGUCAACCCAUCCAUGAUCAGACUCGCUUCCCUCUCAGUUCAAACACCAAGUUAUUCACGAACAUGGCACUCGGGCAUGCGUUUCGAUCCAAAGGGGUUGACUGGGAUACACCUGUCAAGGAGAUCUUACCUGACUUUAAAGGAUAUAACGACGAAUAUACGAAUACCUGGACACCAAAAUUGCUAGCUUCGCAUACUUCCGGUCUACCCAGAUAUGACCAGGUCAUUAGGCCUGAGUUGAAAAUCGAUGGUCUGUACGAAGCUUUUAAACUACUUCCCCCAGUCGCCAAGCCAGGCGAACAAUAUCAAUAUUGUAAUCUCACAUACACGAUCUUAGCCAAAAUCAUCGAAAAGCUCAGUGGUAAAUCAUUCUACGAAUAUCUGAAAGGAGUGAUUUUCGAGCCCCUCAAGAUGGAUUCCACGUCUUUCGACAAGGGUAAUAUAGGAAUAUCUGGGUAUAUGACUUACCCAGAUGAUAAGGGGGAAAGACAGGUCAAGGAAGUACCUUAUUACCUUGAUAAUUGUAGAGCUUGGGAUCCAGCUUUGGGUCUCUUCACAACCGCUACUGAUCUGCUCAAAUGGGUAGAAGCACUUCCUUCUUUCCCUGACUAUCCUCUCGCAUGCUCGUCCAUUGCCAUAGAGCAUGUAGAAGCUAAUGAUUAUCCGAAUCUUAAAGAAAUAUGCUCGUACGGUCUUGGUUUAACUCAAGCAGAUAGAGAAGGAUCGAUCAUACACGAACAUACGGGUGAUUCGUCGGGAUUCAACUCCAUGGUUGUUGAUUGUCCCGAAUUGAAGAUUAGAUAUGGGAUGAUGUGUAAUGCCAUACCGUACGUUGGAGGAUGUGGGUUCAGGGAUUGGUUGAGAAAUACUUUGCUCGAUCAUUUGACAGGCGACGAUUCAAUCGAUUGGUUCAAGACAAUUCUGGAUAAAGAGAAAGAAAUAGCUCAUAAGCCCUCGCCUUCCAUUCCUGCCACAGGGGACCAGAAGAUCAUCGAUGUAGUUUGGGACAACAAGCUGUACGCUGAUCAGAAGCCUGUUUUGGCAAGUAUGGGUGAAAACAAGUUUGAAGGUUGUUUCGAAGUCAGGCAUUGGAAGGGUGGGAAAAUCGAGUAUGAUACGCCUUUCCAGGUUGAGAUGUUGGAGGAUGGUGAGAAGUUAAAAGUCACUGGUAUUACUGGUGUAGGGCUUGGGUUGAAGGAGGCUGAUCAUCCCAUGAUCUUCGUGAGGGAACAUGCGGCUUAG